CGCCCCCUCGCCACUGGGGCUUGACACUGGUGUGGAAAAAGAUGGCUGCUUCGGCGGCAACAGCGAGUUCUCCCCCCGGUUUGUGUCCAAAUUACGCCGUGGUCUGCUCGUUCCUGGAGCGGUACGGAGCCCUGCUGGACCUGCCGGAGCUCACCUUCCCCCAGCUGGAGCGGUACCUGCAGGACACAUCCUCAGUCCCAAAGCUGCUGGUGGAUCUUCACGUCAAGCUGCUGAGGAAGAUUGGGAAGUCGGUGACGGCAGACAGAUGGGAGAAGUACCUGGUGAAGAUAUGCCAGGAGUUCAACACCACGUGGGCCUGGGAGCUGGAGGAGAAAGGCUACAAGGAGCUGACCAUGGACUGCAAGACGGGGAUCCUGAAAUAUUUAUGCGAGAUCCAGUUUGACGAAAACGUGAAGUUCAAAACCGCCAUCAAUGACGAGGACCCGGAUAAAAUGCGGCUGCAGCCGAUUGGCCGGGACAAGGACGGCCAGAUGUACUGGUUCCAGCUGGACCAGGACGACAACGUGCGCGUCUACGUGGAGGAGCAGGACGACCUGGACGGGUCGUCGUGGAAGUGCGUCGUCAGAACCAGAAAUGACCUGGCUGAUGUUGUUGCCCUCCUGAAGACACAAAUCGACCCCGAGCUGCUGAAAAAAGACCUGGAACAGAAAAGUAAAGAAGGGGAGCUGGACAAAGAGAAAGGUGACACUAAAAAGACAGAAGAAACGUCGGAUGAAGAUCACAAAGAGAAAAAUGAAGUAACACAAAACUCGGAGGUGAAACCGGAGGCCAAACCGUCGCUAAACGGCGUCAUCGAAGCCAAACUGGAGCCUGAAGUCGGCUCAGAAAGCGUCUGCACAAAAGCCCAGAGCAUCAAAGAGGAGCCGGCGGAGGCGAAGUCUGCUGCCAGUGAACCGGCGGCCGCCUGCGUGGCGAUAAAAGGAGAAGAGGCGAAGAAGAGCGGCUCGGAGGAGAUGCAGCCGCCCACAAAAAACGACCAUCAGGCCAAAAUCCCGCUGAAAAAACGGGGAAUGAAGUUCAGCGAGGACUUUGGCGAGAAAAGCGUCGGCGUAACGUUGCAGAAUCCACCGGCUCCCGAGCAGAAAAUCCAGAGAGUAAACGAUCAGGUUAACGGCGAAGUUCAGCCUCAGGCGGACAAAGAAGCCGAGGAGCCGAGAAGAAAAGAGAAAUCCAGCGAAACCGUCCCUCCGCCUGCAGGUGGCGCUAAAUCACCACCGGGCGACUCGACCAGAACGGAAAAAGGAGACGCGUUCAAAUCUUCCCAGGAGGAACCAACGCCUAAAGACACGGAGAACCAGGAAGAGGCCGAGAAAAUCACAGAAUCCAAACCAGCAGGUGGCGAAGAAGCGUCUGCGAUCAAAUCGACCGGAGGGGAAGAAACCACCGAAGAAGUCAAAUCAGACGAGCCGCAUCCUGGCGUCACGAACGAGUCGUCCGAGACGCCGUCGAGCGUUUGCAGGUCGGAUUCAUCCGGAGCGAAGGAGGCGGAGUCUGCCGACAAAAACACGAUACCGCAGAGCGCCGACGCAGAAACGGACAAACGGGCCGACGAAUCCGCAGAGAGCGGCGAGGCGGCUCGUGUAGAAAAAGACAAAGUAGAGGCGUGUAAACCCAAAAAGGAGAGAGACGGCGUCAAAGAGGCGAGUCCAGAGCAUCCAGGAGAGACGCAGACGGAUUUAAACUGCAGAGACGCGACGGCGUGCGACUCCACGCCAGAAUCGGGCGACAAAGACAAUCCGACGGCGACGCGGGACGAUUUGAGGACGGAGAAAAGCUGCGAGGGGACAGAUGGAGCGUCCAGUCCUGCUGAGGAGCAGAAAGCCUCCAAAGAGACGGACGCAGAAUCUGGAGAGAAGGAGGACAAAGCGUCGCCCGACGAAGCCGCCGCCGAGCGUCCGUCGUCGGAGGACAAGAGAGAAACCAACGAGGAAAGUAGAAACGACUCGGAGGAUAAAGAUGUUUCACACGACACGAGGAAAGACGGGGACUCCGCUGCCGCCCAGACCCAAAAGAGCGAGACGACGGAUCAGGAACCGAACAAAACCUCUUCCAACCACAGGGAGCCGAGCAGAGACCGCGAAUCCUCAAAGGAGACGGAGGAAGAGCGAAACAAAAGAGGAGGGAGGAAACGCCAGGAGGUGCAGAACGGCGGCGGCGGGCGGCGGAGAAACAAGCGGCCGGCGCACCGCAGGAGAGCCGAGCUCCGGGAGGAGGAGGAGGAGGAGCGCCGCGGAGACUCGGAGUCGGACACGAACAGCGGGAGGUGUCUGAGGAGGUCGCCGAGGAUCUCCAGGCCGACGCAGAAGGCUGUGGAGGUGCAGGAGAAGAAGAGCGAGAAGCCUCCUCCGCCUGCUCCUCAGGAACAGCAGGAGGAAAAAGACGGGAAAGGAGACGAAGAGGACGAGGAAGAGGAGGAGGAGGCGGAGGCGAAGGCCGUCCAAAAGAAACCCAAAGAGAAGCGGGCCGACCAGGAGAGCCAGCCCAAACCCAAAGGUAGAAAACGGAGGAGAACCCGGUGGUCCAACACGCGGACCCGCAGGAAAAAGAAAAACCCGGACGACGAGCACGAGAACAGCGACGAGGAGUCCAGCGACGAAGAGGAGAGCGAGGAGGAGGAGGAGGACGACGACAGCGACGAGGACUACAAGGUGGAGCGGAACAGGAAGCGGAGGAACCGGCACAGAGAAAGGCGGAGCUCGGACUCCUCCACGUCUUCCGAUGACGACCUACCUCCCAACGACGACCCGUGCAAACACUGCGGUCUUCCAAAUCAUCCUGAGCUGAUCUUGCUGUGUGACUCCUGCGACAGCGGCUACCACACAGCCUGCCUCCGGCCUCCUCUCAUGAUCAUCCCGGACGGAGAAUGGUUCUGCCCGCCCUGUCAGCACAAGCAGCUCUGCGACAAACUGGAGGAGCAGCUCCAGAAUCUGGACGCUGCGUUGAAAAAAAAAGAACGGGCCGAGAGGAGGAAGGAGCGGCUGAUUUACGUGGGUAUCAGCGUUGAGAACAUCAUCACGCCUUCUGUGGAGGUAGAAGAAGAAAAGCCCGAGAUCGUAAUCAAGGAGAAGAAGGAAACAAAGCGGAGUAAGAGCUGGGGCCGCAGAUCAACCAGGGCCAAGAAAACCAUCAGCUACAGAUUUGAUGAAUUCGAUGAGGCAAUUGAGGAGGCCAUUGAGGAGGACAUCAAAGAAGCAGAAGGUGGAGGCGCGGGUCGCGGUAAGGACAUGGCCAACAUCACGGGCCACAGAGGCAAGGACAUCUCCACCAUCCUGCAAGCGGAGGACGGGAAAGAGAACGGCCGUCCGCCGCGAGCCACCGCCGCCGCCCAGCGCAGGAAGAAACGCCGGCGACUCAACGACCUGGACAGCGACAGCACCGUGGACGAAGAGGAGAGCGAGGAAGAGUUUCGCCUCAGUGAAUCCUCGGAGGAAGAGUUCGUCGUGACCGACAACGAGACGGAGCCGGAGAGCGAGGCGGACUCGAACGCCAGCGACCUCGGCGGCAGGCGCCACGCCUCGUCGUGGAGCAGACGGCCGCAGCGGCGCCGGCAGAGCUCCAGGAAGAGGAGGAGACCGAAGUGGUACUCGGACGACGAAGAGGAGACGGAUGAUGAAGUGGAGGAAGAGAUGGAGUCCGAACACUCGAGUGAUUACAGUGACAGCGACCUGGACAUGAGUCGGCGGCGGUCUCGGCGGAGCCACAAGAAGGAGGUGAACUACUGCGAGACAUCCGAGUCCGAAGGCUCCCAGGCUGAAAGCAACCGGGCCAAAAUGAAACCCAGACGGCCCCAGGAGAGCUCCGACAGCGACGCGAGUUUCUCCAGAGAUUCUGAGGAGGAGUCCAAGGACCUGAAGUUGAAGAGGAGAGUCGACUCCUCAGACGAAGAUUCCCGGCAGCGACGCAGACGCCUGGCGCUGAAACGCAGGAGAGCGUCUGAAGAGGACGACUCGGACUCGGAUGACUCUUCGGAGGAGGAUCGGCCCGUAAGGAAACGGGUGAACCGCAUCGACUCUGACGAUGACGAGGAGGAGGAAGAGCAGGAGAAGGAGAAGGAGAAGGAGGAAAAGCCCAAGGAGAAGAAGCCGGCCGAGGAGGAGCCAAAGGGAACAAAGUUGUCGGACCGCUUGUCAGAACCCCAGCCCACAAACGGACAGAACACGACAAAGAACUCGGACGGCCUCGUCAGCCGCCCCCCCGCCGCCGCCGCCGCCCCGGGUCUCACUCCUCACCUGGAGACGGCUAAAACUGUCGGUUCCACGCCGGCUGUGGCGCCGAACGGACUGGCGGGGCAGGAAGUGGCGCCGCAGGAGGACGACGAGGACGACCUGCUAGGAGUGACGGACUUGGUUGAUUACGUCUGCAAUAAUGAACAGUUGUAAAUAGGUGACAAAAAAACUGGACCGUUUCUUUUUUUUUUUUUUUUUUGUGGUAAUGUAUUUUUAUAUUGCUUAACUUUAUUACUCCCCCCUUCCAGCUGUUGUUUUUGUCCGUUUCACCGUGGAGCGUGGAGAGAAUUGCUCGUCCUGACCCGACAUAUCAGCUCCACUGCCAAACCUUCCUCCAGACCAGUCAUCCAUUUUUUUUUUUUUACGUUUAUACCGGUUUAUUUAAGCGCUAACCCACUAAAUGUUAACAUGUGGCACUGAAAUCGUUUUUAUUUUGUCUGAGAUUAGUUGUCUAGCUCCAAAUAUCAUUCCAUACCCGACUCAAAGUUCACAGCAGUUGAUUUUGUGCGCCCCCCCCCCUUUAGUUCUAUUCAAAAUAGGCACAAAUUUUACCAUCUACCACUAAACGUUAAGUUUAGCAUUUUUUAAAGUAGUGACCCGAGUUCUCUUCUUGCUGCUGAGAAAUUACCUCUGACACCCCCAAAAAAAGAUUCAACAAGCAAAAUCCGUUCUUUUAAAAAGGCUUUCAGCUCUAACAAGAUCAAUUUUCUACAAAAAUCAGACCAUUUGGUCUCUUUCACUAAAAUAUUUUAUAUUUAUCAUUGAUCAUGUAAAUAAUGCUAAUAAUAAAAAAACACAUUAAAAAAUAGUUUUUUGGGUUUUUAUUUUUUUAAAUUGAGUUUUUUUUUUGUGUGUGUGGCCUGUGAGUACGUUCCACCUUAAACGUUCCACCGCUGGAUUAAAAGAGCAGUUUUACAAAUAUAGACAUUUUUAAACAUUUUUGGACUCAGUCAAGCCUGUUAUGAUCACAUGUGGGCAGAGUGUUGAUGCAAAUACCAUCCAAUCACUGAAGCCCAAUAAUAAUAAUAAUAAUUACUAUUAUUUAGCAGUUGUCCAGGGUGAAUUCUUGGUUUUAAGUCACAACUGUGCUGCAGUUCCCAAUAUAUCCAAAGUAGUUAUAAAGUUGGUAUUUUAUUUAAAUAUUAUGUCCCAAGUUGGACUUUUGAGGUUUUUUUUUUAAAAGUUCAAUUUGUGGAACUAAUUUUCCCUUUUUAGCUGAUUAAUCUUCCUCUGUAAAUUCCAUAUUUAAUAAGCUAAGCCCUAAAAAAGCAGCUGGGAUGACGGUGGCUGCCCGGCGGUUUUACCUGGAAAUCUUUCUACUCCUUUUUUCCUGCCAUCCACCUGUCUGUGUUGAAGGUGUGAAUGUAUCUCUGUAUUUUUCACCCCCACCCUUUCUGAACUUUGAGCGCUAGAGUAGCUUUUUUUCUAUACACGGUGUAAUUAAUUGAAUUGUGUGUGUCGUCAUCAGCCCCGGUGGUGAGUUCUCCGUUUUAAGAGUCGUUUUGGGGCAACAAAAUCACAAAGUUAAAACUGUUGUCCCUCCUAAUCCUUAGAUCUCGCAGAGUGUCUUCGUAUUUCAUUUGUCACGUUUAUUUUAUGCAAUUGGUUUUUUUUUUGUAUAUCUAAACCAUUAUUUGGCUGAGUAAAAAUGUAAAGUGUCUUAUUUCUUUUGUAUAUUGUCCUUCAUUGUAGGUUGGAAAUUGCGUCAAAACAUCAUGUGUGACUAAAAUAACGCUCGGCUCAUUCAACAUACCAUCAUUUUUUUUUUCUUCCCAGAUCUUCCAACACCUCUUUCUUUUGUUUUUUCAUAAUCUUGAACCCAACUGCGGUUGUCCGACUUUACCUCCCCCCACCAGGAUCAAGAUUAUG